AUGGACGGUCCAAUUACCACCGACAGUGACUAUACAGGUGGCCAGCGCCCAUUUUCUGGCCCAAUCAGUUUUCCCAUGGACGAUGAGGACCAUGGUCGCAGAAGCAGCGCCGUUGGACAUCCUUUGGCGCAACCUGUCUCGAUACCUGCGACGAACGGUUUGAGAUACAACACACAGCAGUCUGCGCUGCAGGAUGUGCCCUUUGCAACAUCUCCGACAAUUCUUAUGAGCCCUACUGACUCCUGCUCUGAAACCUUUUCUCCCGCCUCGGGAUCAAUCUAUUCGCAUUCACCGGGGCUGCCAUUCGAUAGAAUGCCAGAUUUCAGAUCUCAUCGGGUACCCCCUCUUCAACCACCUACCGGUAUUUCUCCUAUGCAUUCGCAGAGCACGGGAGUAUCUGGAAGUGCUGGGCUUCUGGGUAGAAACGACAGUUAUCCUGGAACGUACACGCUUCAACGGAGCACAUUUCCAUCGUUGUCAAGCAUUAGUGACAUGUCCAGAAUGUCGCAAUACACCACGACUCCGCGAGUAUUGGAAAGCACUAUAGACCGAACCUCUCAAAAUUUGUUAUAUGGUCAACCAGGGAACAUGCUGAUGGAGCCGGUCCAGCGCAUGCCACCACCGAUGACAGACGCUCCCCCUUUCGGCGAGACUAAUGUUAUACACCAAAUCAUCUGCGGCAAUCAGACCAUUAAAACAGAGAUACAAGCUAAGAUACAUAAGGGGUUCUUUCAGGUCGAUGAAAAGUGGACCUGUUAUCGGAGAAAUUACUUCUCUGUCUCAUGUUCUUUCUCACUACACCCAUGGACUCAUACGCCUCUUUACCUCAAGUAUGACCAAGGAACCGAGCGUGUUACGCAAUUUGCCAUGUCCAUAUCAGCCAUUGUGAAUCAACAGUUUAGCGAAGUCCGCGAGCUAGUUCAACACACACCAAAGCGGGAUAAACAGUCAGAGAGGAAACCUGGGAAAGUUGUUUUACAGCCUUCUCAACCACCACCAUUGGUCCUUAGCCAUUCGUCGGGAUCUGGUGGCAGUCAGCAUACAUUUGGUCUAGCCUCUCAAUCAGUAGGGAUGUCUCUCGACUAUAACGGCUCAUACAACAGUCCUCCACAACCUUCGCAGCCUCCGACACAACAUACCUUUGAGCGCAUUCAGUUUCAAAAGGCCACGGCUAAUAACGGGAAGCGUCGAGCGCAGCAGCAGUACUACAAUCUAGUUGUCGACCUUUACGCAGAAGUUGCAGAGUCCCAGUGGAUCAAGAUUGCUAGGAAGCUGUCACAUCCAAUGGUUGUGCGCGGUCGCUCCCCGGGCCAUUACAAAGAUGGCCGACGAGACAGCUCUACCAGUAUGGGUCCCGAUGGGGGAAGCGGUGGCUCAGGCGACGGCAGUGGAGGGGCUGUACUACACCCAGGCAUGGGAGCAGCUGCACGGUCUCACUUGGCCCUCAUGUCGUACGACUCUUCGCAGCGCGGCGGGCCACACUAUGGCCGGGCUGACUACAGCCAAAUAGCAACAUCUGGCCAGUCCACAUUAAGUGGAAGCCCACACAUCUCAUCGUCGUCAUCAUCGGCCUUCGAUAUCGGCGUCCUGAGUGAUUCCAUGGAUCCUCUGGAUCCCGUCAAAAGCACGUCAAGCAUUGAUUCGUAUCAUGACUCCAGCUUUGGACUCCUGGACGGCCGAAAACCUGAAAGUCAGUUUCGCCACCAACUGCGCCCUUUCGAGUAUGAGCCUGUCUCAAAACCUAGUGAGGAACCCAGCACAACCUUUCAUGAGCCAUUCGAUCCGAUGAUAUCCAUGAUAUCAAACGGACAAAGCGAGUCUUCACACUACCUGAAGCACCCACCCAGAAUGGCGUCUCAUAUGUACCAUCAUCCCACUACCAGCAGCAGCUAUGACCCCAUUUACUCAGCACGCUCCAAUAAUAGCAGUCAUUAUCCUCGGUUCCAGAGCUCCCAGAGCCUAUGUGCUUAG